GGCGGCGGCAGCGGCGGCGGCAAGGACAGGGGCGCCCGGCCAGGCUCGGACGGCCUGUGGAGCCUCCCACCCGCUUCCAUAAGGCUUAGCUUUCCAACUUCAGCUACAGUGUUAGCUAAGUUUGGAAAGAAGACAAUAAGAAGACCCCCUCGACCGUUUUUCUUUUGUGUUUUGCCACAGCAGUCGUUGGGGUCUUUCUGCACAAGGCUGUUGUGUUGUUAGCGGUGCUAUCUCCAGUUCCUCGCACUCCUGUUAACCAGCUCCUCGGCGAGAGCAGCAACAGUAGCAGCAGAAGAGCAAGCGGGGGGCGCCCAGUGUCAUGACCAGGGCAAGAGAUCAAAACCGCCAGGGAGGAUGCUGUGGGUCCAUAGCAAACUACCUGACCUCUGCCAAAUUCCUUCUCUACCUCGGUCAUUCUCUUUCUACAUGGGGAGAUCGGAUGUGGCACUUCGCAGUGUCUGUGUUUCUGGUAGAGCUCUAUGGAAACAGCCUCCUCUUGACUGCAGUUUAUGGGCUGGUGGUGGCAGGGUCUGUUCUGUUCCUGGGAGCCAUCAUUGGUGAUUGGGUGGAUAAGAAUGCCAGACUUAAAGUGGCCCAGACAUCGCUGGUGGUACAGAAUGUUUCAGUCAUCCUGUGUGGGAUCAUUCUGAUGAUGGUUUUCUUACAUAAAAAAGAGCUUCUGACCAUGUACCAUGGAUGGGUUCUUACUUGCUGCUAUAUCCUGAUCAUCACUAUUGGAAACAUUGCAAAUUUGGCCAGUACUGCUACUGCAAUCACAAUUCAAAGGGAUUGGAUUGUUGUUGUUGCAGGAGAAGACAGAAGCAAAUUAGCAGACAUGAAUGCUACAAUACGAAGGAUUGACCAGCUAACCAACAUCUUGGCCCCCAUGGCUGUAGGCCAGAUUAUGACAUUUGGCUCUCCAGUCAUUGGCUGUGGUUUCAUUUCGGCAUGGAAUUUGGUGUCCAUGUGUGUGGAAUAUUUUCUGCUCUGGAAGGUUUACCAGAAAACUCCUGCUCUAGCUGUGAAAACUGCUCUUAAAGUAGAGGAAUCUGAAUUGAAACAGCUGAAUUUACACAAAGAUACUGAGCCGAAAGCCCUGGAGGGAACUCAUCUCAUGGAUGAGAAAGACCCUAACAUCCAUGAGUUUGAACAUGAGCAAGAGCCCUCCUGUGCCUCCCAGAUGGCCGAACCCUUCCGCACCUUCCGAGAUGGUUGGGUUUCCUACUACAACCAGCCAGUGUUUCUGGCUGGCAUGGGCCUUGCUUUCCUUUAUAUGACUGUCCUAGGCUUCGACUGCAUCACCACAGGGUACGCCUACACUCAGGGGCUGAGUGGUUCCAUCCUCAGUAUUUUGAUGGGAGCAUCAGCUAUCACUGGAAUAAUGGGAACUGUAGCUUUUACUUGGCUACGUCAGAGAUGUGGCCUGGUUCGGACUGGCCUGAUCUCAGGAUUGGCACAGCUUUCCUGUUUGAUCUUGUGUGUGAUCUCCGUGUUCAUGCCUGGAAGCCCCUUGGACUUGUCCGUUUCUCCUUUUGAAGAUAUCCGUACUAGGCUCAUUCAAGGAGAGCCAGUUUUACCCACCAAAAUGGCUGAAUCCCUCAUUCCAACUGAAAUGAAUACAUCAAACGGGUCCAAUCCUAAUAUUGUCUCUGAGAUGAGUCCUAAAUCUGAGCCCAUAAUAAUCUCCGUCAGCCUGCUGUUUGCAGGCGUCAUUGCUGCUAGAAUCGGUCUCUGGUCCUUUGAUUUAACUGUGACACAGUUGCUUCAAGAAAAUGUAAUUGAAUCUGAGAGAGGCAUUAUAAACGGUGUACAGAACUCCAUGAACUAUCUUCUUGAUCUUCUGCAUUUCAUCAUGGUCAUCCUGGCUCCAAAUCCUGAAGCUUUUGGCUUGCUCGUACUGAUUUCAGUCUCCUUUGUGGCAAUGGGCCACAUCAUGUAUUUCCGAUUUGCCCAAAAAACUCUAGGCAACCAACUCUUUAUUUGUGGUCCUGAUGAAAAAGAAGUUACAAAUGAAAAUCAAACUAACACAUCUGUUGUGUAAGAAAGUUUAACUGUGGCUAUCCCUGUUACUAGAUUGUGUAGAGCACAUGUGCUUAUUUUGUACUUUAGAAUUUCAAUAUAUGACAAGGUGUUCUCUCUGUUUUUAACCACAGCUGUGUCUUGAGGCUAAAAGCUAUUUAGGAAACCUAAGUCAGCAGAUAUAAGCUGUUUAAUUUCCCUUGCAUGUAGGCAAGAGGGGAAAAAAGCAUUGGAAAUGAAAAUUUUGGUUUAAAUAUGGAGACUAUAAUGAUAACACUGAAUUCCUCCAUUUCUCAUGAGUAGAUAAAAUUUUGCAUGGAAGAGUGGUUAGUUAUGUGAAUUAAAUUUUUCUUUGGCAGAUACUUAGGAAUUCAGAUAUUCAGGUUUCAAUGAGUUUUUUCUAAAACUCUUAUUCAAGUCUGACUAAUUUAUUGGUUUUUGUAUCUUAUUCUCAAUUAUAUUAUAAAAACAAAUGUUUCUCCAAUUAUGAAGAUUAGAGUUUGAUAACCAGUAUUAUCUUUAUUAAUCCUCUUAUUCUUAAGGGAUUUACAUGUAUGUGGGGAAAAAAAAACUUAGCUAGAAUUCUUUGAUAUGGUUUAUAAAUAACCUUAGAGAGCAUCUUUGUGUUUUUAUUAUCAGGGCAAAUAUUGUUUUAAGCAUGUGUAGCACUUCAUAAAAUAGCUAUCGUGUAAGCUGCAGGUAGAAGCAAAGCUGUAAAGUAGAUUUAUAGCACAGUGGAUUUAUAAGGACUUCACAUAUGUCUCCAGUUUGGCCGUAGAAUUCAAAGCUAAAGCACACAGAAGGGCAUGAUUCUAAUUGAACUCAUGCCAUUCUCAUUAGUGAUGUCUGUCUUGGAAUAGGAGGGAGUGAGCCUUCAGCCUGGCCAGGUACAUGUAGAAAGCAAGCCCACCCUUGGAAAGGUUUUGUUUUAGAAAUCAUUUGAUCCAUUUUUAAUACACUAGGGCAGAACAUUUUUACUUUUACUGCUUUACACCCAAGAGUUAUUGCUAUGUGGUUCUAGAGCAAGGAUGUUUAUAAAAAUAACCCUUUUAAAUGUCAUUGAAAAAAAA